UUCUAUUCUGAUCUUCUAUGUUCGAUCUGGUUCACUCAGGAGGGUGAGAGGGAAAGUAUACCAUUGUCAAGGGCGCUACCGGGGGGAUUCGGUUUACAGAUCAUCACAUUAGCUUUGUUUGUUUGCUGUCACAGUUUGUUUUGUUUUAGUUUGUCAUGCCUUUUCGUUCUCGUUUUUACGCUUCUACUUUCGCCCCUUCUACCAUUCCGUGCUCUGUUUUUGGUCACCCACGGUCUCCUCUGUUCUUGUGUUUGUUGUUACGUUUCAAGAGGGACUCGGUCCGGGAGCUACGUUUGCUAAGUAGCUCUGCCUGUCCACCUGACUAUAUGUGCGGCGUAAUCUUUGCUUUUCUUAGUCUUUCUCCGGUUGGGUGUACUGCCUACUCAUGCCUCCCCCUAUGCCGUGUCUCUCUAAUACCUAACAUCACUAUACCCCCAAUCAAAGAAUCAAACACUCACCGUUGAUGAAUUACACAUCAACCCCUGUUAACAUCAUCUCCACGUAUGAAUAUCUUGCCUUCUUGCAUACCUAAACACCAGACAGAGUAUCCAUAUCAUCUAUC